AUGGCGAACCUCUACUUCACGUACUCGAGCGCGCCGCUCAAGACGGUGGAGGAGAUCCAGUUCGGCCUCAUGUCUCCCGAGGAGAUCAAGAACAUGAGUGUCGCGCACAUCAUCACACCAGAGACCAUGGAGGAGAACAAGAUGACGCCGCGUGAUGGUGGCCUCAACGACCCUCUGCUCGGCUCCAUCGAUCGACAGUUCAAAUGUAAAACUUGCACCUCGGCCAUGGGCGAGUGCCCCGGUCAUUUCGGUCACAUCGAGCUCGCAAAACCCGUCUUCCACCCUGGCUUCAUCAAGAAAGUCAAGAAGAUACUCGAGAUUGUCUGCCACAACUGCAGCAAAGUACUUGCCGAUGAAAGCGAUCCCGACUUCGUAGCUGCCAUUCGUACGCGAGACCCCAAAGUUCGCUUCCAGAGGGUAUGGGCAACUUGCAAGAAGAAGAAGCAGUGCGACAACACGGAACGCGAUUCAAAGAAGGACGACGAGUUUGCUCCGGGCAUGAAAAUGGCCAAGUUGCCGAGCCAUGGAGGCUGCGGCAACGUGCAGCCUGCUGUCCGUCAAGCUGCCCUGCAGCUCAAGGCCUCGUACGAAACAAUGUCCGAGGAUGGUGUCAAGAAGAAGGAUCAACUUCCCAUCACCCCAGAGCAGGUACACAGCAUUUUGCGGCGGAUAUCGGAGAGGGACAUUCGCAAUAUGGGACUGAACUCUGAGUACGCUCGCCCCGAGUGGCUCGUCCUCACCGUCUUGCCUGUGCCUCCCCCGCCCGUGCGUCCCAGUAUCUCAAUGGACGGUACGAGCACAGGUAUGCGCAACGAGGAUGAUUUGACUUACAAGCUCGGUGAUAUCAUUCGUGCCAAUAGCAACGUGAAGCAGGCCAUCCGAGAGGGUGUGCCUUCUCACGUCGCGAGGGACUUUGAGGAGCUUCUCCAGUACCAUGUCGCGACAUACAUGGAUAACGAUAUUGCUGGACUGCCCCGUGCUCUGCAAAAGAGUGGAAGGCCUGUCAAGGCUAUCAGGGCUCGUCUGAAGGGCAAAGAGGGUCGUCUUCGUGGCAACUUGAUGGGCAAGCGUGUGGAUUUCUCCGCACGUACUGUCAUCACUGGUGAUGCCAACUUAUCACUUGACGAGGUCGGCGUUCCUCGAAGCAUUGCUCGGACACUCUCGUAUCCCGAGGUGGUGACCAAGUACAACAUUGACAAGCUGCGACUCUACGUUAGCAACGGCCCCAACGAGCAUCCUGGUGCCAAGUACGUUGUUCGCUCAGACGGAACACGCAUCGAUCUUCGGCAUCACAAGAAGUCCGGAGAGCUCACGCUGCAGUAUGGCUGGAAGGUUGAACGCCAUCUGGUGGACGGCGACUAUAUCAUUUUCAACCGCCAGCCCUCCUUGCACAAAGAGUCCAUGAUGGGGCAUCGCGUCCGCGUCAUGCCUUACUCUACUUUCCGCCUGAACUUGUCGGUCACAUCGCCCUACAACGCCGAUUUCGAUGGUGACGAGAUGAACUUGCACGUGCCUCAGAGCGAGGAAACUCGAGCAGAGGUCAAGGAACUGUGUCUCGUUCCCCAAAACAUCGUCUCCCCACAGAAGAACGCUCCUUUGAUGGGUAUCGUUCAGGAUUCGCUCGCUGGUGUUUACAAACUGUGCCGCAGAGACGUUUUCCUCACCAAGGAGGAGGUCAUGAACUUUAUGCUGUGGGUUCCUAAUUGGGACGGCGUCAUCCCUCAGCCGGCUAUCCUCAAACCUCGCCCUCGUUGGACCGGCAAGCAGCUCAUUAGCCUUGUCAUCCCGCCAGAGGUCAGCAUCUCUGCUGGUGGCUCGGAUUACAAAUCGCUACUUAGGGACGAGUCUUUGCUCAUUCAGGGCGGCCAGCUGAUCUACGGGUUGUUGAAGAAGAAGCACGUUGGUGCGCAGGCUGGCGGUAUCAUUCACAUCUGCUACAACGAACUCGGACCCGCCUCCGCCAUGGCCUUUUUGAACUCUGUUCAACAAGUAGUUACCCACUGGCUGCUGCACAACGGUCACAGUAUCGGUAUUGGUGACACAAUUCCCGACAAGGCCACCAUUGACAAAAUCCAAUUGGACAUUGACGAUGAGAAAUCCAAGGUUGCCUCCCUGACAGCCAAGGCUACGGCCAACGAACUCGAGGCGCUGCCUGGUAUGAACGUUCGUGCCACUUUCGAGCACGAAGUCGGUGUCGCCCUCAACAGGGCUCGUGAUCGCGCUGGUACUACCACGCAAAACAGUCUGAAGGAUUCCAACAACGCCGUCACCAUGGCCAACUCUGGGUCCAAGGGUUCUUCCAUCAACAUCUCGCAAAUGUCCGCGCUUGUGGGCCAGCAGAUGGUGGAGGGAAAGCGUAUUCCUUUUGGUUUCAAGUACCGCACCUUGCCUCACUUCACAAAGGACGAUUAUUCACCCGAGUCUCGAGGUUUCGUGGAAAACUCCUACCUGCGUGGUCUCACGCCGAGCGAGUUCUUUUUCCAUGCCAUGGCUGGUCGAGAAGGUCUGAUUGACACAGCCGUCAAGACAGCCGAGACUGGUUACAUUCAGCGUCGUCUUGUCAAGGCGCUGGAAGAUCUGAGCGCGCGCUAUGACGGCACUGUCCGCAACUCUCUGGGCGAUAUCAUUCAGUUCCUGUACGGUGAGGAUGGCCUCGAUGCUAUGUGCAUUGAGCAACAGAAGAUGGGCUUCCUCAACCCAUCCGAUGCCAAAUUUGCCGAGAAGUAUCAGUUGGAUCUCGCCAAUCCUCCAGAGUGGUUCAAGCGAGACUAUGAGUAUGGUGACGAGUUGCUCGGCGACAAUGAGUCGAUGAAGCUGCUUGACGAGGAGUGGGAAGCCCUAUGUGAGGAUCGCCAGUUGGUCCGCAAGAUCAACAAGAUGAAGAAGGAUGACGACAUGAUGCAGCUGCCACUCAACCUGAACCGUAUCAUCGAAUCAGCCAAACGUAUCUUCGGCGUCAAAAUGACAGACCGAAGCAACCUGCGACCGACCGAUGUCAUCCCGACUGUGCAGAACCUUCUGAAGAAGCUGGCAAUCGUCCGCGGCAGCGACCCCAUUUCGCAGGAAGCCGACUACAACGCCACUAUUCUGUUCAAGGCUCUUGUAAGGCACCGUCUUGCCUUCAAGGACCUUGUCAAGGUGCACCGUCUCAACAAGCUGGCCUUUGAUCACAUCAUCGGCGAGCUUCACAACCGUUGGGAUCGCGCCUUUGUCAGCCCCGGUGAAAUGGUUGGCGUUCUUGCCGCGCAGUCCAUUGGUGAGCCGGCGACACAGAUGACUCUGAACACAUUCCAUUUCGCUGGUGUGUCGUCCAAGAACGUCACCCUUGGUGUGCCGCGUCUCAAGGAGAUUCUCAACUUGGCUAGCAACAUCAAGACCCCUGCCAUGACAGUCUUUGUGAACCAGACGUUGGCCAAACAGGAGCAGGCCAAGAAGCUUCGAAGUCUGGUUGAGUAUACCAACCUGCGCUCGGUCACCGCCAUGACUGAGAUCCAUUAUGACCCUGAUGUUCGAGGCACCAAGAUUGAGAGUGAUGCGGACAUGGUCGAGUCUUACUUCAUGAUCGAGGAGGAAGGCCAGGAGCUGGUGGAUCAGCAGUCCAGAUGGCUUCUUCGCAUCACCUUGGACAGACAAAAGAUGCUUGACAAGGAGAUUCGUGUGGAAGACGUUGCUGCUCGCAUCAAGGAAGAGUACGCUGCCGACCUGGGCGUCAUCUUCAGUGACAACAACGCCGACGAGCAGGUCAUCCGCAUCAGGACCAUUCAGCAAGACGGUGGUAAGGAUGAGGAUGGCGAGAAGAAGAUUGAGGACGAUGUCAUGCUCAAGCGUCUCGAAGCGCAUUUGCUCGACACCCUCACGCUGCGAGGUGUUCCUGGCAUUGAGAAGGCUUUCUUGACCAAGGGCGUGACACUCAAUGUGGCUCCCGAUGGUUCCCAGAAGGCCCUCAAGGAUGAUGUCCACUGCACCGAGUGGUUCCUCGACACCAGCGGUUCCGCUCUCCGCGAGGUGCUCGCUGUGGAGGGCGUUGACGCGACCCGCACAUCUUGCAACGACUUGUGGCAGAUUGUUGAUGUGUUUGGUAUCGAGGCCACUCGUUCCGCUUUGCUGCGCGAGUUGGUCAACGUGCUGGCCUUUGACGGUUCCUACGUCAACCACAGGCACAUGGCGCUGCUUGUUGACGUGAUGACAUACCGUGGUGUGAUCUCCGCUGUGACUCGUCACGGUAUCAACCGCGCCGACACGGGUGCCCUGAUGCGUUGCUCAUUCGAGGAGACUGUGGAGAUCUUGCUGGAGGCUGCUGCCACUGGUGAGUUGGAUGACUGCCGUGGUAUCUCGGAGAACGUCAUGCUUGGCCAGAUGGCCCCCAUGGGCACAGGGGGUUUCGAGACGUUUUUGGAUCCUCAGAUGCUGGCGACCGUCAUCUCCACAUCGGCAGGCGAGGUCCUCAAGCAUGGAGCCAUCGGCGACCAGGCCGGUGGCAUCGAUGGCGCUGCCACGCCUUAUGCCAACGAGCAAUCGCCGCGCGCGGACUCGGGCUACAGCUCGGCUUCUCCCAUGGCUGGUAACUUCUCCCCCAUCCAGGGUGCUGGCUCGGAGACGCCUACCGGGUUCGGUACGGAAUACGGCGGUGGUGGCUUUGGAGGUAGCGUGGCCAGCCCCUACCACCGAGGGGGUCUCGGUGGCGGCAUGAGCCCAUAUGGCACAUCGCCAACAUCGCCUUUUGCCUCUGGCGGCAGCUACUCGCCCGCGUCUCCCAACAUGUACUCCCCCACUUCGCCGUCCAUGGCCAUGGGAGAUGUGGGAGGUCGCUUCGCCGUCACCUCGCCAUCCUUCAGCCCAGCAUCGCCCAACUUUGGAGGUGGCAUGGUCUCGAGUCCCCAGUUCAGCCCGGCCUCGCCCAACUAUUCGCCCACGUCGCCUCAGUCGUACUCGCCCACAUCACCUGCGAUGCAUGGGUCCCCCACCUCGCCCACGUACUCGCCUGCCAGUCCGGCUUACAGCCCUCGCAUGGGUGGCGCAGGUGGCUCGACGUCGCCGGCAUACACUCCUGGGUCGCCCAGCGGAUCACCCACGUCGCCGAGCUACUCGCCCACGAGCCCUGCUGCUAUGGGCACUGGUCCGUCGCCCACGAGUCCGGCUUAUUCUCCUACCUCCCCACAACACUCGCCGAUCCACGGCGAUGGGAAGGAUUCUGGAAAAUACUCCCCUACUGGUUAA